AGCGCGCGUUGUGAGAAAAGGACUGGGUGGAGAUACCCGUAAAGCUUUGCGCGCUCGCAAGUUUCUUUUUCAAUUCUCGCUGUUUUGAAAGAACCAUCAUGUGAGUAAAAUAUUUUAAAAUCUCUUUUAAUCCUGCUCUUUCACCAACUAUUUUUGUUUUAUUAUUGUAAAUCUAGAUUGAUAUGAUACAUUUCUUUCGUUCUGGUAUAUUUUUAAAACGUUUACGAUAUUAAAACGGUAAAAAUAACCGGCUUAAAAUACUGCAACGGUGUUACAAUUUAGAACGAAAUGAACAAUCUAUAGAGAGGUUAAUUUACUCGGUUAUUUACCGUUUUCAUGGGGGACUCAGCCAUAUUUAUGUAUAUUAUAUAUAAAUAUACGUUCAACACAUGUUGUGUUUACUUUCAUAUUAGUUUUGUGAAAAACACAAAAUUCAAAAUAUAUUUUAUUUGGAAGCCCUGCACUGUACUCCCCAUCUCAUACUCUUCUUUUGUUUCAGCAAUGGCGGACGCAGGACCAGCCGGUGGUGGACGAGGUGGAUUUGGCCGUGGAGGUUUUGGCCGAGGGGGUCGAGGUGGUAGAGGACGCGGGCGAGGACGUGGCCGAGGUAGAGGCAGGGGUAAACCUGAUGAUAAAGAGGUGGGUAAUAAGUGAACUUUUUAGGUUUAGAAUUCAGAUUUAGAUUAAUAUUAUGCAUUGAACUAUGAUUGGUGUUGGUAUCUAAGCAUUGGGUUGUUCCAGAAAAAAUCCAAAUUCACCCCCACUCCCCACCCCAUCAAGGAGGAAGUGUCUGCUGAGGGGAUAAAAAUUUGGUCUCGCACAUUGCUGGGAGCCGUGCUGCAGCUGUCUUAUUGCUUACUUACUGCAAUAGUAAGUGUAUUGUGGCAUCUAAAGGGGGAUUAACUUCAAUAUCCUCCACAUGUGGGGGAGUUAUCAUUAUGGGUAUUUUCUGGAAUGACCCCUUAAAUUUGGGUUUGGAUGAUAUGGUAAAAAAUUGCUGUAUUUAAAAUGUUAUUGUUAAAAUGUAAAUUUUUCUAUGUUGUGCCUUCACUAGUGGGUGCCAGUUACUAAAUUGGGUCGUUUGGUGAAAGAACUGAAAAUCAAAUCAUUGGAGCAGAUCUAUCUGUUCUCAUUGCCCAUUAAAGUAUGUGCUCAGGGUAGACUAUAUUUAAAUUUUGAUAGAUUGUGCUUUUAUUGAAUAAGUUGUGCUUUGUAUUGGAGAAAUUAUAAUUUUGAUAUACUUGAAUGACAUAUUUGCCUCUUUGAUUUUUAACCUUGUAAAUGUUUUCCUUUCUAAGAAAAAGUUUCAAUUUUUCUAGGAAUUUGAAAUUAUUGAUUUCUUCCUUGGUGCGGCAUUGAAGGACGAGGUUUUGAAGAUCAUGCCUGUCCAGAAACAGACCAGGGCUGGACAGAGAACUCGUUUCAAAGCAUUUGUUGCUAUUGGUGAUCACAACGGACAUGUAGGUCUUGGCGUCAAGUGCUCAAAAGAAGUGGCCACUGCAAUCAGAGGUGCCAUUAUUUUGGCCAAGUUGUCGGUUAUUCCAGUACGACGAGGUUACUGGGGUAACAAGAUUGGUAAACCACAUACGGUACCAUGUAAGGUGAGUGUUUCUAGUAGGUACCAGGUUUUUGGUGACAAGUUUCAUUAGAACGCUAAAGUUGAUGGUUAGUAGGUUUUAAAAAGUGCUUCAAUGAUGAAACUAUUCUCUGCCAGUUCUGCUUCUGAUUGUCAGUGACGACGCAAGAGAAAAUAUUUCUGAGAGUUUCAGUGCUAAAUUGCUGCGAAUUGUGGUCAACAUUAGAGAAGUUUAUAAUUAUUAUUGACUUGCAUUAUACUUCCUAGGUGACAGGCAAGUGUGGUUCUGUACGUGUGAGAUUGAUUCCAGCUCCACGUGGUACCGGCAUUGUUUCUGCACCUGUGCCUAAGAAAUUACUUCAGAUGGCAGGAAUUGAUGAUUGUUAUACCUCUGCUAGAGGUGCUACAGCAACAUUAGGAAAUUUUGGUAAGUAUCUAGAGUGAAGUGGCCCUCACAAAUCCCAUAAACACCACUUGUGUGAUCAAAUUAAACAAAUUGCCAUCAUUUCCUGACUAUCCCCAUAUUCUUUGUAGCGAAAGCAACGUUUCAGGCCAUCGCAAAGACAUACGAGUAUUUGACUCCGGAUCUGUGGGGUGAAAACAAGUUCACAAAAGUGCCGUACCAAGAGUUCACAGAUUUCCUGGCCAAACCUGUUCUGCCAAAGCCAGCACCUGCCAGUCAGCCAGAACAACCCCCUGCACCUGCUGGAAAGGGAUUCUAAACUUGACAAAAUGUAGAUUGAAUAAAAUGAGCAAAUUAAAGCCUUCUUGAAAUCA